AUGCGAAGGCACACCGAAAACCCACAGUGGAGAGAAACCUUCAUCUGCGAAUGUGGAAAGAGCUUCAUUAACUGGGCCCACUUAAACUCCCAUCAAAGAUCCCACACCGGUGAGAAGCCUUACUGUUGCGAGCAGUGUGGCAAGUGCUUCUCUGAAUCCGGCACCCUGUCAAAUCAUCAGAGAACUCAUACUGGGGAGAAGCCUUACAGCUGUGAUCAGUGUGGGGAGAGGUUCGCUCAGUCGGGAUCUCUGACAAUCCACCAGAGGACACACACAGGAGAGAAGCCCUACGCCUGCGAUCAGUGUGAGAAGAGGUUCAUUACCUCUAGCCACCUGAGACGCCACCAGAGGACUCACACUGGAGAGAAGCCUCACCUCUGUGAUGAAUGUGGCAAGAGCUUCACGCGGGCCGGAGCACUGGCGAGCCACCGCAAAACACACACCGGAGAGAAACCCUACAGCUGUGAUCUGUGCGGGAAGAGUUUUGUUCAGUCUGGGCAACUGACGAGCCACCAGCGCACACACACAGGAGCCAAGCCGUAUGGCUGCGAUCAGUGUAGUGAAAGAUUCACUCAAUCAGCCACCCUGGCCAAUCAUCAACGAACACACACGGGAGAGAAGCCCUACGGUUGUAAUCUAUGCGAGAGAGCUUCGCUCAGUCGGGGCACCUAA